AGAGAGAACGGGAAGAUAAGAAAGCAAGCUGCACCUACUGCGUGCGACCCAGCCCCAGCAAGUGUUGGCGGCAGUGGUGGCUGCGAUCACUACGAGUUUGCUUCCAUCUUUGCUUUUGCCACCUGCGGAGGUUUUAAGGGCAAAACAGAAAUUCAAGUGAAUUGUCCUGCUAAAGGAGUUAAGGAAAAUAAAACCAUUACAGCCGCUUUUGGUUAUCCAUUCCGGUUGAAUCAGGCAUCAUUUCAGUCGUCUCCAAAUGUAAAUGUGUGUGAUGUAGUUUGGAAAAACCAUGUCCUCAUAGGAGAUUACUCUUCUUCUGCACAAUUCUAUGUCACAUUUGCAGUCUUUGUGUUCCUGUACUGCAUUGCUGCUCUUCUUCUUUACAUUGGUUACACAAACCUUUAUCGGGAGAGUCGUAAACUUCCCAUGAUUGACUUUGUUGUUACUCUCGUUGCCACUUUUUUAUGGUUGGUGAGCACUUCAGCCUGGGCCAAAGCACUUACAGAUAUAAAAAUAGCUACUGGUCACAAUAUUGUUCAGGAACUUCAGCCUUGUAUGGAGCUGGAAGUGCAAUGUUAUUACGGCUCGGUGACUAGUAUGGGAUCCCUAAAUGUGUCUGUGAUCUUUGGCUUUCUGAAUAUGAUACUUUGGGGAGGAAAUGCUUGGUUUGUGUAUAAGGAGACCAGCUUACACAGUCCAUCAAAUACUUCUACUUCCCAUGGCCAAGGAGGUAUUCCACCUCCUACUGGAAUAUAAGUAAAGGAAGAAAUACACUGUAUGAAAUAUGUUUAUAUUCUGGCUUGUUGCCAACAUCUUGAGAAGCAUUAUUUGUUUCUAAUAAAAGUAAUGGCUUUUUCAAUAAAUUGGUGGGUUUAAAAUUUUGCUGCUUUUUUACGUAAAGCCUGUGCCUUUCCUAGAAAUUCAAGAUGUAAAUGUAUUCUCACAUGUAAAUUUGAAAGUUCAGGGGCCUAUUAUGAUAUGAUACAGUUUUAAGUAAACAGUAAUUUUUUGUUGUUUGCCUUCUAAAAUGUUUACACCUUAAGCCUUAACAUAUAUCUUCACUCAGAAAAUGGUUAUAUCACGAUAGGAAAAAAUCUUUAUUUGGAAUAUACACUACUGUAAGUUUGUACAGAUCAUAUACCUAAGUCCUAUCUUUGUAUAAGAAAGCCUUGAUUACAUGAAUCAUAUUUAGAAAAACCAUAUUUAGUUCAAAAUUUAUAUCUGAACGUUCAUGUUACGAAAAUUUUUUAAUUGCAAAGACUAGGUAUAUUUUAUUUCUGUUUUUCUAAAUGACUUGCUGUACUUAAUAGGUGUACUAAAAUUGUGUUGGGAGCAGGGAUUUUGAAUUUUGUAAUAGACGUCUACUUAGUUAUUCUUUUUUGCGUGGAUGUAAGCUUCCAUUAUGCUGGUGGUUUAAUAGGCUUGCUAUGUAAGAAGAAAGAACAUGGUUCAACUAGACUUUUUAUAUGUACGGGCAUUACGCUUAGUGAUACUUGUUUGCUAUCCUUUGUUGCUCACACUGUCUAAGUGCAGGCUGAGACCUAGUCUCUUUGUAGUAGAGUAAAAUAAUUCAUCUUUUUCUGGAUCCUAUUCUGAAAAUAAGAAUUGUCUUUUACUUUUGAAACAUUUACAUUUAGAGUCAAUGAAGUUGCUGUUUUGAGCUUAGCAUUGAUAUUGUGAAAACAAAUGCAAUUUGGAUUUCAUGUUUCUUAAUGUUCAUUCUUUACAAGUAGAUGAUUAAGAAAUUAUGCAUCAUAAAGAACUUAAGUGAGCUAUAUUAUGAGUGCACUGUCUUUGCACACACAUUUGGGUAUAUUCCGAACACAGGGCUUAUUCACAUUUUGCUUUCUAAUUUUUGUUGUACAGGGAUCCAGAUAUCCUAUUCUUACAACACAAUUGUUUAUAUGUGAAGCACAUUUUAUUAUUGCCUUAUUUUUGUUGCUUUUAUUCAUGACAAGAAUUGUCAGUAUCAGAAUGUAUAUCUUUCAUGCAACCAAUUAAUAAAGAAGUUGAAAGAAAA